AGUCAGUGUGUGUGUUGUCACUGCUGGGGUGGACUCCACAGGUGAGGACAGGUGACUGUAGCAGCUGCAGACCAGACAGAAAAGAGGAAAUACUGCUCUAAAUACACGGCCCUGCUUCGGUUUUUGACGCAUUUGGGAGUUUGGUCGUGUUUUAAAGGAUUAUUUCACAGAAGUGGACCUUUUUCCAGGAGAUCUGACCCAGUCGAGAUGCGUGUCUGCGGGUUGGUUUCGGUGGCUUUGUUCUGUUACGCAGCGUCAGGUGUAACAGGCUUUACGGUCACUACCAAAAAUGCAGCUGUACAAGUAAAAGAGAAUGAAGGAGUUGACCUGUCAUGUGACUACUCAGCUGACUUUGGUGCAAAUGCCAGAGUUGAGUGGAAAUUUAAGGACCGGAAAGGCUCGCAGACGUAUGUGAUUUUUGAUGGGAAACCUACAGACCCUUACAGGGACCGAGUGACACUGUUUCGCAGUAAUCUAAGAAUAAAUAAAGUCACCAGUAAAGACAAUGGAUUUUAUGACUGUGAGGUGUCUGGAAACCAACAGUAUGGGGAAGCCAAAGUGACACUGACUGUUUUGGUGCCCCCGGGUAUACCGCUGUGUAGGAUCCCCUCCUCAGUGACGACGGGGAACAAGGCCGUCCUCACCUGCCAUGAUAGUGUUGGCUCACCUCCUCCUACCUACAAGUGGUACAGAAAUGCCGUCCCUCUCCCAACGGAUCCCAGCACAAUCGCUGCCUUCAAAAACACAAGCUACACACUAAACUCAGUGACUGGCAAGCUGGAGUUUCUUCGCGCAGGCAAAUUGGAUACAGGUUCUUACUACUGCGAGGCUGUGAAUAGUGCUGGUCCUCCUCAGCGCUGCAAAGGUGGAAAAAUGGAAGUCCGUGACUUAAACACUGGAGGGAUUGUUGCUGGUGUGAUAGUGUUUCUGCUGCUCCUGGGCUUAUUGGCAUUUGGCAUCUGGUAUGCCUACAAGAAAGGAUACCUGCCCAAGAAGAGUGAUAGAGCUCCAAAACCCAAUGUGGUCUACCAGCCCCCAUCACUCUAUGGUGGUGGUGGUGAUGAUGAAGAUGGGGAUUUCAAACAGAAGUCAUCGUUCGUGGUCUAGCCUUCAAACGGCUGUUUUGAUAAGAACUUGUACUUUUUUUUUUUUUUUUACUGUUAUGCUGAGGUUUCCUUUAUUUUAAACCUGUUUGCUCCUAAUGUUCUCAUAGACGUGUGUGAUUGGUUCAAGCUGAUGUUGAUAUUUCAGAUGCAUAAACCUUUGUGACGCAAAGCUAUAGAAGAAAUGAGCUGCUUGUAGGUAUGGAGACAUAAGGUAAUGGACUAUGGCAUUUGAACAACUUACACUUCUGAUAUUUUCACCCUCUGUUUGUUGUGUUUUACUCUGUACAUUAAUGAUUUUUAGUCAUGUGUCCUGAAAAUGAUUAGUUAUAUCCAAAAAAAUGAUGUGCCUGCAUUCUUAAAGGCUGAAGGAGACACUCAGCUGAUGGCUUGUGAGAUGGAUUAAAACUUCACAGAAAAACUGAAUUUUUAAAGUGAGAGAUGCUUUGUCUUCCUCUGUAAUUCUUAUUCUUUCAUCUUCUUUGUCAAUAUAUUUGGCUGACAGACUUGCACUAUAUCAUUAAAUUCAUUAAUUUUCAGAUAUCACAAGUCCAACCAUAAAUCUAAACAAAUAUAUGCUGGUCCACAGUUGAGUGUCCCUAACAAGUGUUUUUAAUAAAGUACAACAUUGUUUGCCUGUAAAUAAGAACUUUUUGGAAUUUAUAAGUCUUUUAGCCUCCUAAGUUUUAUUUUCUAUUUUACACUUUCGUUUCUGCACCUAAACUGAGUGUAGGUGCACAUCUUAUAAAUCACUAUUUCCAGUUUACCUAAUAUAAUGUUUGUCAUACAGUGUUGUCUGAGAUCUGUGUGAGAGAAACUAUGAGCUACGUAACACUGAUUAAGAGGGUGUAGGCUGACAAUACAGUAGACUUUAUUUUAAUCAUUUCCUCCUGUGGCAGGUGUUGACUCUUGACACGAUGCUCUUUGAUGAUUUAGCAGGAAGAGGAUGUGAAUCUCGGGUCAAAGAAGUUUUAAAGUGAUACCAGAUAUAUGUUAAUGAGUAGCCUUAAAGAUAAUGAAUUACCAAAACAAAUUACAACUGCUAUUAUGUUACAUUAUGCUGUUGGUCCCAUAUUAGUUUUGUUGUCUACCCCUAGAGAAAAAGUCAUGACUGUCCUUCGGUUUAAAUUGUUAUCUAGGACUCUUGCAAAUACUCAGGUAAUGUGUUUAGGUGGUUUAAAAAUGAUACAUCUAUACAUAUCAUAACUGUAUAUCAUCUAGGUGAUAUCAAUAGAUUAAAGAUGAGUUUUUCUACAUUGCUUAAUACACAGAUUUGUCUUUGUAGUGACUUUGAGAAUGUAAUAAAAUUGUGUUGUUAUA